CAGCUCAUCACACCGACUUCAUACAUGGAGGAGACACACCACGGACGCUCGGAGGAGGAACCGGAGCUCAGCCAACACGAACCAGAACCAGGAUGGUGUUUACCGCGGCCCUGCUCUUUGGACACGGAGCGUCCGUCCUGACGGAGCCGGAGCCCAGCGUUGCGGACAUGAUAGGAAAGUACUGGUCCCAGCUCACAUCCCCGGGCACCCGGGGCGGCUCUGCCCGGCGGGGGAGCGUCGACAGCUGCGACGAGAGAGAGAACAACUCACGCUUUUCAGGCUUGGAUGCUGGUGUGGAGCAUGAGGAGCGGCUGCUGCAGCAGGAUGUGACCCGGCAGAUUGAACGCUGUCUGACAGAGGCCAAGGCGUCCAGCCUCCACUGCCAGGUGCUGCUGCUGCCCCACCAGAUGACCAUGAGGGUCAGCCAGGACGUGGUGCGUUCCUCGGUCGACGAGCCCUGUGGGCUCCGUGGCGCCUCCAUCGCAGUCUACGUGGAGUUCAAAGAUGGCCUCAAAUCCGUGGGGAGCAUCUUCCCUGACACGAGCAUCAUCCCCACCUUUGAACUGUCUGUGAUCUUCAAGGCAGAUAAAGACGACGGCUGGCCACAGUUCAAGAACAUCUUUGAUACCAACAAAGUGUUGAAGCUGAGAGCAGAGUACCGGCUGGUGAAGAGGAAGCUUUACUCCUCUGCCAGUCCAGUCAUCCAUGAUUUCAGCUAUGGGCGAAGUCAAGAUAGUAAACCCAUGAUUCACUGUUAACCUCUUGUGUUUGUAUGUUUUUCAUGUGUCAAAUAUCAGGCUUCAUGCACAGUCUGGCCUGGUGUGCACUGUAACAUGCUUCUGUGUUGUACUUCAAGUCUUAAGCAGAUUUUUAGUUUCACACAUGAUUGUAUAACUUGUUUUUCUACUCUUUAGACCAUGUGACUGUAGUAUUUUGUUGCAGUUGAAUGUUGCAACAUACAUUGUCAACAUGGAAAUGUCCUCUCAGGAAUGGGCAGGUCUCACUCCUGAAAUAUGCUGUACUUCUGUUAUUUAAGUGAUUUUUAAAUAAAUGUGACAUUGUUUCAUA